GUGAACCUGAGCGAGCUCCCCAACGCUCACAUGGUCAUCGCAGGGCCGAAUUGUCAGCCCUUUGCCCGCAGCGGCGAUCAGGCCCGUUGGGCGGACUCCCGCGCGAAUGUGUUUAGCAAGACUUUGGAUUGUAUUGAGGAUCAGGCUAAGAGACAGGGCUCUGUGCUAGAAGUGUUUAUAAUCGAAAAUGUUCUGGGCAUGGCAGAUGCGAAAGAUAAGGGCCCCAUUCCAGUCCAAUUUGUGGAGAACUGGCUCAUCGGUAAGCUCGGGCCAGAGUGGAAGGUUUGGACUUGGAAGGUCAGCACAGCUGCACUAGGAUCUCCUCAGAAUCGCUGGCGGCUGUACAUUUGCGGUAGGAAGGUCGAUCGUUUCUCGAUGCCUCAGCCAGAUCUGCAGCCGGGUCAAUUCAAAGUGAAAGGGAUCACGCUCGAGGCAGUGCUUGACCCUAGUCUUCCGCGCGAGGACGCCAAGCUGACUAAGAAGCAGAAGGCGAAUCUCGCAUACUAUAAGAAGGUUCAUGCUAAGGACCCAAGAGGAACAAUCGCAGUGUGCGACUUGAGCCGGUCUCACUCAAAGCAGAAGACCCGCCUGCAGAGUAGGAACGACGGUCUCGUUCCCACCCUCACAACUCGCAACCGCCAUCUUUUCGUGUUCAAGGUUGGCCAUGAUAACGAAUUCUAUCGCUAUAUUUCACCCGUGGAGCGUUUCAUGUUGCAGGGAUUCUCUCCCGAGGUGGUCGAGAUCCCUGCGAGCAAAGUGCUUGCAGCCACGGGCAACGCGAUGUCUGUUGGCGCCAUUGGCAUCACGAUG